AAUGGCACACUAGGAUGCAAUAAAAACUCCUUCAAUAACACUAAUGUAAAGGGAAAGAUUGUUUUGUGCAAUAUUGAAAAGGGCAACUACAGAGACAUGAGCGUUAAUGUGAAAGAUGCUGGUGGUGCGGGGAUGAUAGUGUUGGAUACAUUUGUGGAAGGAGCUACUACUUUAUCUUAUGAUUAUGUACUUCCAACAGCUCAUGUCAACUACACCACAGCUCGCAAAAUUUUAAGUUAUCUCAAAAACUCAAGCUCAACUGCUACUGCAACAAUUGCAUUUAAUGGUACAAAGUUUGGAGCAUGACCAUCUCCCACUGUUGGUUUCGUCUCUUCAAGAGGUCCGCAUCCUUAUAAUGGUGGUAUAAUAAAGCCUGAUAUCCUUGGACCUGGGGUGAAUAUCCUUUCUGCAUGGCCAGUUAGACCUAGACCAAAUCCGAAUGGUCCUCCAGGCUGAUAUUUUAACUUCGACAGUGGAACAUCAAUGGCCACACCUCAUCUCGCAGGGAUUGCCGCAUUACUAAAAAGCACUCACAGGAAUUGGUCAUCCGCAGCAAUCAUAUCAGCAAUUAUGACAACUGCCAACAGGUUUGAUCUUGAUGGAAACCCAAUUCUUGAUGACUAUGAGGAACAUAUCAAUCGUGCAAAGCCUAAUGACAUGGGUUCAGGACAAGUGAAUCCUAUUGCAGUCAAUGACCCUGGACUUAUUUAUGAUAUAAACCCGGACCACUACAUUCAAUACCUUUGUGGUCUAGGAUACAAUGACACACAAGUUUCCACUGUCGCUGGUAGUUCAGUUCAAUGUUCUAUUGUUGGCAACAUUGCCCCUGAGGAUCUUAACUAUCCUUCCAUAUCAAUAUCUCUAGAUCCCUCGAAAACAAAGUUUGUUUAUCGCACACUAAAAAAUGUCGGGGAUGCUAAUGAGGUUUACAACAUAGAUGUUGAAGAACCAAAAGGAAUAAGUGUGGUUGUCUCUCAGCCUUCAAUUCAAUUUUCACAAAUUGGCGAGGAGAAAAACAUCACUCUUGAAUUUAGCAGUAAGGGAAUGUCUUUAAACCAAGGUAAUAUUUUGGAUGGGCAACUUAAACUGGACUCUGGAAAGCACUUCAUGAGGAGCCCUAUAUCAGUCACCAUCCUUUGA